AUGAGAAUUAAAAAUAUAAGUGAUGAAAAAUUUAAUCAUAAAUAUUAUAUUUCAAAAGAUGGAAGUGUUUCAGAAAAAUUAAAAAAAAAUAUUAUUAAACGUGAUUUAGGAAUAAUAUCAGGACCAGUAGCUGUAGCAUUAGUAUCAGGAGUCAUUGGAUUUACUUCAAAUGCAUUACAAGAAUUAACAAGUUAUGAACCAGUAUCAUCAUCUGGUGGAUGUAAAUGGUUUGGAACAGCACCAUUAUGUAAUUAUCGAUGUCCUAUUGAAUAUGAUUUUAUUCGUGAACAUAAUGGUAGAUGUAGUAGAUGGUGGCUUUCAGGUGUUUGUGAACCAGAUCCAUCAUUUGGUAUGCCUUGUACAACAGUUUUUGGUGGAUAUUAUACAAAAAGAUUUUGUUGUAAAAGUGAUGCAAAAGAUUGUUCAUGGAGUGGGAGGUGGAUAAGUGCAUCAACUGCAAAUAAUGCUCAUUGUCGCUAUGAUCAUAAUGAUGGUAUAUGUGGAAGAUUGUCAUGUGGUAUAAAUAAUAUUAAUAAAAAUGCAUAUGGUUCUACAAGUAUCGAAGGUGAUGGUUGUGACAGACUAAAUUUAUUUAAUGUUUCUGGUAAAGCAACUUGUGGAUUCAUUGCUUGGUAUAAUACAGAAACUGGUGAUUACGUUGAUGCUUGGUACAAAUCAACAAAUUAA